CAAGAAAUGGAAAUGAGGCUUGAAAAUGAAAAGUCGAGGGAAAUAAAAAGCAAAAAUCAGGAGCUGAGUUCUUGCAAAUUGUGCUCGAAUUUUGGUUAUGCCUUCAAAUUACGCCAUGGAAGCUCACACUGAUCUCUCUGCAAAACCCUAGCAGAACCUGACCGGAAAGCGAUCUUCCAUGUCCAGACCUCCGUGAUUCUAGUGCUUGGAAAGAUUCGGACGUUGCUACCGCAAUGGAUUCUCCUAUCCCCUUUCUGGACCUCAAUCUUCUGCCCGACCCAUCUACUGCUGUAAUGGCGGCCGCAACUUCCCCUAAAUCAGCCACAAUCAACUCUUCUGUCAAUAAAUUUGUUGAAACUGGCAGGUUGUUGACCCCUAAAUUGGAGCCGAAGCUCGAGCCGUUCGACGAUGUUUAUCAGACUCCGGUGACCCAACAAUCCCAACCAGUUCAGGAACGUUUCUUGUCGAGCACUUCUUCGAAUUUUUUCUCUAACUCGGAUUUUGCUCGUACACCUUUUUCUGACCAGAAUCAUCACCCGUUUUCUCAGUCUUCGUCCAUUUCUUCUGAUAAGGACAGUGUUUAUUCCGAAUUUUACCGCAUUUCUCAGCUGUUUAGGACUGCUUUUGGUAAAGGAUCUCAGAGCAAUGGGGAUGUUGAAGUUGUGGAUCCUGAUUCUCGGGCAAUUGUCCCGGUUCCUGAUGAGAAUCAUAUGUCUACUAUGGUCGUUUCUAAGAGGAGGUAUGAUAAAAGAUCUUCUGAACUUGUGAGAGUGACUGAUCUUGGGGUUGAUGACCAGAGGUAUUUCCGAGAUGUGGUGAGACGAACCAGGAUGGUUUUUGAUUCAUUGCGCGUGUUAUCGAUGCCGGAGGAGGAGAAGAGUUCGGGACUAAUCCGGCGACUUCGGAGUGAUUUGAGAGCUUCGUCCUUGAUGAGAGAGCGCGGUCUGUGGCUGAAUCGCGACAAACGGAUUGUUGGUUCGAUUCCUGGAGUGCACAUUGGCGAUCUGUUCUUCUUUAGGAUGGAAUUGUGUGUUGUUGGAUUGCACGGUCAGGCUCAAGCUGGAAUUGACUAUGUUCCUGCGAGUCAGAGCUCCAACGGCGAGCCAAUUGCCACUAGCGUGAUUGUUUCUGGUGGAUAUGAGGACGAUGAGGAUUCUGGAGACACGAUAAUCUAUACGGGUCAUGGUGGGCAAGACAAAUUUUCAAAACAAUGUAUGCACCAGAAGCUUGAAGGUGGGAACCUUGCACUGGAGAGAAGCAUGCACUACGGGAUUGAAGUGAGAGUAAUACGAGGUAUGAAGUACGCCGGCAGUGUAACAAGUAAGAUUUAUGUAUACGAUGGUCUAUAUAGAAUUCUCGAAUGUUGGUUUGAUGUGGGGAAGUCUGGUUUUGGUGUUUACAAGUUUAAGCUUCUAAGGAUUGAUGGUCAAGCCGAAAUGGGCAGCUCCAUUUUGAGAUUUGCAGAGAAUCUCAGGUCUAAACCAUUGUCUUUGAGGCCUUCUGGUUAUCUCAGUCUCGAUAUUUCAAUGAAGAAGGAGGCUGUUCCAGUUCUCCUCUUCAAUGAUAUUGACAACGAUCAAGAACCAUUGUAUUAUGAGUAUCUUGUUGGGACUGUGUUUCCGCCAUUCGCCUUUCACCAAUCAGGAAGCGGUACUGGAUGCAGUUGCGUUUCAGGUUGUGUUCAUGAUUGCUUUUGUGCUAUGAAAAAUGGUGGGGAGUUUGCUUAUGAUCAAAAUGGAUGUCUUGUGAGAGGAAAACCGAUAAUUUUCGAAUGCGGACCCUUCUGUCAAUGCCCCCCUCAAUGUCGGAAUCGUGUUUCACAGAAGGGAUUGAAGCACAGACUUGAAGUGUUUAGGUCCAGGGAAACAGGUUGGGGCGUUAGAUCCUUGGACCUGAUACCUGCUGGUGCUUUUAUAUGUGAAUAUGCAGGAGUUGUCCUCACGAGGGAACAGGCUCAAGUUCUUUCUAUGAAUGGUGAUACAUUAAUAUAUCCAAAUCGUUUUUCGGAUAGAUGGGCAGAAUGGGGCGAUCUAUCUCAAAUAUAUUCUAAUUAUGUGCGGCCAUCAUACCCCUCUGUUCCUCCUCUGGAUUUCGCAAUGGAUGUGUCCAGAAUGAGAAAUGUUGCCUGUUAUAUAAGCCAUAGUACAUCGCCAAACGUGUUGGUGCAGUUCGUGUUAUAUGAUCAUAAUAAUUUGAUGUUUCCUCACCUUAUGUUGUUUGCAAUGGAGAAUAUCCCUCCUCUGAGGGAACUUAGCAUUGACUAUGGCGUGGCUGAUGAAUGGUCAGGGAAACUUGCCAUCUGUAACUAAGUUUGAAAAGGUUAUUAAUUUUGAGUAUGGGCAGCUACGAAUGCUGAGAUCAAUGAACCAAGGGCGAUGGAUCUACAGCUGAUUUCUUUGAUCCUUGUUCUGGGAAUUUUCGUGUUCUAAUUGGUUGAAGCAUUUAGUUAGUCGGACCCCGCCGUCUGUCAUUCUCUCAUUCUACAGUCCUUAUAGGAUAAAUUCCAAUAGUUCAUCUGUUCUAGUAUUAGCGGUUGUACUUUACUGGUUAAUUUCAGUUUUGUUGAACACCUUUCUGUGCGGAGUUGACAUACUUGUUGAAGUUUACUUAAAUUACCUGAUUACAAUAUUCUUUUUA